AUGCCAUCAGACUCCGGUCAAAACAACAACGUCAAUGCGACCUUCAGCAACACCCCCAGCAGGAGAGUAGCCAAGAACGCUGCAGUUCCACUUCCACCGGAACAAGAGCAACUUCCAUGUCCACGUUGUGACUCUACUAACACCAAGUUCUGUUACUACAACAACUACAACUUCUCUCAGCCACGUCACUUCUGUAAGGCUUGCCGCCGUUACUGGACCCAAGGUGGGACUCUACGUGACAUCCCUGUUGGUGGCGGCACCCGCAAGAACGCUAAACGCUCUCGUACCACCGCCAACGCUGUUUCUUCCAUCAUCACCGCCAAUGCCCUCGCACAGGAUUAUCCUUUGACUUCCACUCCUAUUCUGUUGCCGUUCGGGGGAAAUCAUCCGCAGUUUUGUGGGGGUGACGUUAAGGGUUCCGGGAGUUUUACUUCUUUGUUAAACACUCAGGCACCUGGGUUUCUGGCUUUGGGUGGGUUUGGUCUUGGGCUGGGCUCUGGGAUUGUUGGGGAUGUGGGCUUUGGUGGGCUUGGGAGAGGAAUCUGGGGUUUUACUGGUGUGGGAGAGGCUGGUAGUGGUGCUACUGUUGCCACAGCUAAUAUUGGUGGUGGUACUGGUACUGGUACUGGUGGUGCAACUGGAGUUGGAAACACUUGGCAGUAUGAGAGUGGAGAAACUACUAACGGGUUUGUUGGUGCUGAUUGCUUUGCUUGGCCUGAUCUAGCAAUUUCUACCCCUGGAAAUGGUCUCAAGUGAUGUCUUCUUCUGUAAUAUUACUUAGUUUUUCUUCUUUUUUAGUUGGAAUAUGUUUAGUUAAUUAGUGAGUGAAGGGUAAACUAGGACUUAAAUUGAAAGAAAGGAACUAUAUGACUUUUUCUCUUUUUAAUUAUUCUUCUUCUUCUUUGUGACUGUAUGCCAUGUGGUUUGGUUGUUUGUACCAUUUUUGUGCAGUGGACAUGGCAAGUACUAAUCAGUGUGUUCUUCUCUCUCGGUGCUUGAAUAUCAAACAUCUUUUAUUGAUAGUUUCCUUAAACAUCACACCUUCUUCAAUGGUAAAUGUUUUUCUCAGUCAGCCAGUUAGCAUAACUGGAGUUUUGUAUACUCAUGGAAAAAAAUCACUAAUAAUCAGAAUGAUCAUGGAACAACCUCAUUCCAACUAAA